AUGGCGACGCGACCUCCUCCAUCACCUACCUCCUCCACACCAUCUGCUAUUGAAUCAUCAUCAUCAUCAUCAACGACCAGUAACGGUAGACCCAAGAUCCAUCGCAACAGCUUUCCUUUUAUACCCCGUCAGCUCAGUCAAAGUUUCAAAGCAGCUCUUCCAUUUCCACGAUUGUAUUCAGGUCCCUUAUUUGCCGCUCCCUCUGUUUCCGUCAGCCAUACCCAUAUUGUGAGCAAUAGCAGCAGUGUGGGUCCACUCACACCACCUCUUACCAUUGAUUCCUUUCCUACACCCAUCCCAUCUGAUCAUCCUACCACCACCAACACAGCUACCGCUACCUCUAAUCCUCCAUCUCAUUCAACUACACCUAUGGAUACCCAUAACAAAUUACGCAUGGUCGUCAUUGCUCAACAAAAACAGCAACAACAACCAUGGAUACGUAAACCGCCUUUUGCUGUGGGUGACGUGGUUCAUGACAUGUAUUGUUGCAUGUUUCGGAUAACGCUUGAUUCAAAAGGAACGAUGGCGGCCUUGUGCUAUCUACCUACCCGAUUCCAAAAAAUGAUCGAGUUUUAUCAUACGGAAAUCCCGGUGGCAUACCGAGAUUUAGGUCUAGGUGAUCUCUUGGUGACUCAGGGGUUUCGGUGGGCCGAAGCAGCCAAGCUUUUGGUGAUCCCUACUUGUCCUUUUGUUCGACGUUUCCUUGAACACAACAACGAGCCUAAUCGGGAUUGCAUUGUAUACAGCGAAAAUGAAGGAUUAUCGAAAUUAAUGUUACCACCAGCAGCAACAGAAGACGCAUCAUUACAACAACAACAGCACGAUGGGGUGGAAUGA